AUGCUGCUAUUAUUCCUCAACAUAUGCGCAUUGGCGCUGUCAAGUUUUGCUUUCGCCCAGAAUGGUACAGUCAAAAAGACAUUAACCGGUCACAUUGACCCUUCGGAGGUCCUUUCCUUCGUUUAUAUACCGUUCGAGGUAGAGCUAGGAACGACCUCCAUCUACGUCCUGCAGAACUACUCCGCAAAGGACACUGGAAACGCUCUAGACCUAGGGGUUUUCGACCAACGCGGACAAGCCCUCGAAGGCUCUCGCGGUUGGAGCGGAGGAUUUCGCAAUAACUUCACUAUUACACCAUCUUGGGCUACCCCAGGGUACAAUGCCGGUCCUAUCGAACCCGGUACCUGGCACGUCGCCCUAGGUCCGUAUACGUCGAUCCCCGGAGGAAUCGACUGGCAACUAGAUAUCGAAAUGGGAUUUGACCCAGUCGACUCCUACUUCGCAGUCGAGUCUGCAACAAUGAACAUGGAUCCUCUGUGCAAUGGUCUCUGCACGGAGGAUGCGCAAUGGCUCCGUGGUGACCUCCACAUGCACACAGUCUACUCCGAUGGGCAGUAUACACCCGACGAACAAAUUGAAAUCGCGCUCGAGCAGGGCCUUGAUUUUAUCUUCUUCUCAGACCAUAAUACAGACUCUAGCAACAAUAUCAUGGGCUCGUUCCAGCACUUCGCGCCGGACUUGCUCAUCGGCCGAGCGAUCGAGGUUACAACCCGUGGCGGCCACUGGCAAGCUCUAGGGCUCGACCCGGGUCAAGUUGUUGAAUGGCGCUACCAAGAGGGCGAGGGCUAUAUACAGGCCGCCCAGGAAGUCCGUCGAAGAGGCGGAUUAGUCUCUAUAAACCACCCAUUUGCCGAAUGUUCUGCCUGCAACUGGGUCAUUGAUGACUGGGACCAUAAUGAUGCGAUUGAAGUAUGGAACGCCCAGUGGGAUGUUGAAGACGAGCAAGCCGUGGAAAAAUGGCAGGAACAGCUUGUCAAUGGGAAAUUCACCACCGCAGUUGGAGGAAGUGACUCUCACUCCCCGCCUGCAUUGAAUGGCGUCCCGACGACUGCUGUGCGCAGCCGCGGAAAGUCCCAAUCAGCUAUCAUUGAGGGUAUAAGAGCGGGCCGGGCGUAUUUGGCCGGGGGACCGGGUAUUGAACUUCUCUUCAAGAUCUACCUCCCGUCUCUAUCGAGAUCUGAUAUAGCACAAAUCGGGGAUAAGAUCAAGGCCUCCACUGACGGUGCAGUGGCUGUACUUGCUACGAACGGCCUCGCUGGUCAGAAGGCCUGUUUUGUUACGGAUCAAGGAUAUGUCCACAAUACUACAGUACGGCACAAUGGAACUGUUGAACAGUCUGUUCCUGAGGAAGCGAAGUUCAUGAGAGUCGAGGUUAGGAAUGGAACAAACGAUGUUAUGCUGGGAAUGACGAAUCCUAUUUGGUUUUUGUAA